AUGGUUAGGCCCUCAACUUUCUUCCUUUUCUUCAUCCUCCUUGUGAUUGCAGGGAAGUUGAUAGAGGCAAAGGAUUCUUGCUCAUAUUUCGAUACAAUUGGUGGAGGAUGCCCGGACUUACGUGCAUGCGGUGAAACUUGUAAGCCGUGUUACCGCGGCAUCGGCUUAGUUCAGUUUUCCUGCGUUGCUCCGGGCGGAGGAAUACUCUUUUACAGAUGCCGGUGUGAGUUCAAGAACGGGGCACCUUGUCCGCCCGUGGGACCGCCUACUUGUCCCGCCCCCGGCGGCGCUUAUAGUCGGCCACAUGUCACGUAUUAUUAUCACCAUGAGGAUGAAAAGAAGAAUGUCACGGUUGAUCUUACGACACUGGCAACGCAAUUUCCUUAA